AUGUUUCUCUAUCAGGAUCUGAUUUCCGGUGACGACCUGCUGUCCAGCGCUCUUGAAAUCGAGGAGACCCACAACGGCAUCUUCUACGAAGUCGAGAGCCAGUGGCUGGAAAAGAGCCGUGGCGAGGACGAGGAGGAGGAGGGUGAGCCCGAGAAGGUCGUGAAUAUUGUCUCCAUGUUCAACCUACAGGAACUACCACCAUUUGACAAGAGGGCGCUCGGCACUUACCUGAAGAAUUACAUGUAUAAGCUCACAAGCCUGAUUUCUGAUGACAGGAAAAUGAAACUUAGGGCGCACUCGUCCGAUGCUGCCAAUUGGCUCUUCUCCAAUCUCGCUGACCUGAAGUUCUUUGCUGGUGAGAGCAUGAGUUUGGAGGAUUUGGACGGCUCACUCGUUUAUGCUUACCACAAGGAUGGUGCUGCCAAUCUCACCUUCAUCUAUUUCAAGGACGGCCUGAAGGAGAGAAGAUUAUAA